ACCGUCGGCGGAGACAGGCAGCAGUAACAUGCGGAGCAGCUGAUGCUGUGCGGGGGCUAAAAAUAAUCAACUUUUUACUCUCCAACUCUCGUUGCAUUGUGUUUGUUUUCCUCUCCUUUCAUUCUUCCGUUUGUUUUCUUUCUUUUUCAAGACUUUUGGAAUGAAAGGGUGUCAGUAAGGAUACUUAGCUGCUUUUCUUCGAGGCUUGUGUGGAGCAGUCGGGUGGGGGCAUGGCCUUGUCGUUUUGCGGCAGCGACAACGGCACCAACUCCUACAGCGUGAACGAGGGCGUGCUGAACAAUGGCUGCUUCGUGGACGCGCUCAACCUGGUCCCCCAUGUCUUCCUGCUCUUCAUCACCUUCCCCAUCCUCUUUAUUGGUUGGGGAAGUCAGAGCUCCAAAGUCCAGAUCCAUCAUAACACAUGGCUCCAUUUCCCGGGCCACAACAUGAGAUGGAUCCUCACCUUCUCUCUGCUCUUUGUCCACGUCUGCGAGUUCGCAGAGGGCAUCGUCUCCAACAAAGGGAUGCAGACCAACCACCUCCAUCUCUUCAUACCAGCCUUCAUGGGUUUCAUAGCAGCCACAACAUCAGUGGUUUACUACCACAACAUAGAGACAUCCAACUUCCCCAAACUGCUGCUUGUCCUGUUCAUCUACUGGGUGUUGGCGUUCAUUACCAAGUCCAUUAAGCUGUGGAAGUUUGCCGAGUACCACGUUGGACCGCAGCACCUGAGGUUCUGCAUCACUGCCCUGCUGGUCCUCCUGUACGGUCUGCUGAUGGCCGUGGAGAUCAACGUCAUAAGAGUCAGAGCGACAUACUGGUGGAUGAAUCCUCUAAUCAUCGGAGCCCAUAAGAGGCCCAUAGAGCUGAAGAAGAUCGGCAAGCUGCCCAUCGCUAUGAGAGCUCUCACCAACUACCUUCGGCUCAAAGACGCUUACGAGGAUCAAAGGACAGCGGAGGAUCCGAACCGCGCCCCGUCGAUCUGGCGCUCCAUGUAUCGAGCGUUUGGUCGGCCCAUCCUGCUCAGCAGCACCUUACGCUACCUGGCCGACCUGCUGAGCUUCGCCGGGCCGCUCUGCAUCUCCGGCAUCGUGAAGUACCUGAACAAGACUGGCAGUGUCACACCGCUGGACAAGAUCAAGGGUGAGACAUAUUUAGGUGUGUACUUCAUGUCUACCACUGAGCUGCUGCAGAACACCUCAGUCCUGGCUGUGCUUCUCUUCCUGGCGUUAAUCCUCCAGAGGACUUUCCUACAGGCCUCGUACUACGUCACCAUAGAAACGGGCAUCAACCUGCGCGGAGCCCUGCUGGCGAUGAUUUACAACAAAAUCCUGCGUCUGUCCACCUCCAACAUGUCCAUGGGGGAGAUGACGCUGGGGCAGAUAAACAACCUGGUCGCUAUAGAGACCAACCAGCUGAUGUGGUUCCUCUUCCUCUGCCCCAACCUGUGGGCCAUGCCUGUGCAGAUCGUGAUGGGAGUGAUCCUGCUCUACUACUUGUUGGGCUUCAGUGCCUUGGUUGGAGCAUCGGUCAUAGUUCUGCUGGCUCCAGUCCAGUACCGAAUAGCUACAAAGCUGGCAGACAUCCAAAAAAGCACACUAGAACACUCUACGGAUCGUCUAAAAAAGACCACAGAGAUCCUAAAGGGUAUAAAGUUGCUGAAGCUGUAUGCCUGGGAGAAUAUCUUCUGCGACAGCGUGGAGGACACCAGAGGCAAAGAGCUCACCAGCCUCAAGACCUUCGCCUUCUACACGUCGAUGUCUAUCUUCAUGAAUGCUGCUAUUCCCAUUGCUGCCGUUCUUGCGACGUUUGUGGUGCAUCACUUCUUCAAUAAGACCGGUCCCACUCCCUCGGAGGCCUUUGCAGCUCUGGCGUUGUUCCACAUCCUGGUCACCCCUCUCUUCCUGCUCUCCACUGUGGUCAGAUUUGCUGUCAAGGCGUUGGUCAGUGUCCAGAAGCUCAGCGAGUUUCUUCAGAGUGACGAAAUUGGAGAUGACAGCUGGAGAAAUGGAGACACGUCUGUUUCCAUGGAAGCAGGAAAGAAACAUCUGGGGGUGACCAAAGCAAUCAACAGGAAGCAGCCAAUGCGCUACCAGAUGGACAACUACGAGCAGCCGACCCGGCGACAAAUGAGACCCACGGAGACGGAAGAUGUGGCUGUAAAGGUCAGCAAUGGAUUCUUCACCUGGGGAAGUAACCUGUCCACGCUGUCGGACAUCAACAUCUGCAUCCCCACAGGCCAGCUGACAAUGAUUGUGGGCCAGGUGGGUUGUGGGAAGUCCUCCCUGCUGUUGGCUAUGCUUGGCGAGAUGCAGACCAUCGGCGGAAGAGUCUACUGGAGCAAGCUGCCUGAUAAUGAGACGGUCCACGAGGGGAACAUCAGUUGGUCAGAGACAGAGGAGUCUGGCGAAGACAUCAGGAGCAAGAACAGAUACUCUGUGGCCUACGCUACCCAGAAGUCCUGGCUGCUCAACGCGACGGUGGAGGAGAACAUCACGUUUGGCAGCCCGUUCAAUAAACAGAGGUACAAGACCGUGAUAGACGCCUGCUCUCUGCAGCCAGACAUUGACCUGUUGCCAUUUGGAGACCAAACUGAGAUCGGAGAGAGGGGCAUCAACCUGAGUGGAGGACAGAGACAGAGAAUCUGCGUGGCCAGAGCUCUCUACCAGAACACCAACAUCGUCUUCCUGGACGAUCCCUUCUCUGCGCUGGACAUCCACCUCAGUGAUCACCUCAUGCAGGAAGGAAUCCUCAAGUUUCUGCAGGAUGACAAACGGACUGUAGUCCUGGUCACCCAUAAACUGCAGUACCUCAUACAUGCAGACUGGAUUAUAGCAAUGAAGGAUGGCUCUGUGCUGAGAGAGGGAACUCUGAAGGACAUUCAGACUCAUGACAUUGAGCUUUAUGAUCACUGGAAGACCCUGAUGAACAGACAAGACCAUGGCCUGGAGAAGGACGUGCAGCAGGACAGCCAAACAACACUCGAGAGGAAAACCCUGAGGAGAGCUUUCUACUCCAGAGAAGCCAAGAACCAAAUAGACGAUGAGGACGAAGAGGAAGAAGAGGAGGAGGAAGAUGAUGAUAACAUGUCCACAACCACCAACCGAAGAUCUAAGAUCCCAUGGAGGGUGUGCUGGUGUUACAUGUCCUCCGGUGGGUUCUUUAUGGCCCUCCUGAUGGUGUCCUCCAAACUUCUCAAACACUCUGUCAUUGUUGCCAUUGACUACUGGUUGGCCAUCUGGACCUCCUCCAAAACCAACCAGAGUGCGGGAGCAGGACCAGACGCGUCCAAUGGAACCAGCCUGGUGGACGGUAUCGGUGGCAACUCUACGCUGCCCACGCCUGGUACUCUGCAGGUGGAGGACGACUCCUACAACCUGCCAGUGUUCAUCAUCCUGUGUGCGGCUGGAAUCACGUUAUGCCUCAUCACUUCUCUCACCGUGGAGUUUCUGGGUCUUUCUGCAGCCACCAACCUGCACCACAAUCUGCUCAACAAGAUCAUCCACGCGCCCAUCAGGUUCUUUGACAUCACUCCCCUGGGGCAGAUCCUCAACAGAUUCUCAGCUGAUACCAACAUCAUAGAUCAGCAUAUUCCUCCAACACUGGAGUCUUUGACGAGAUCCACGUUGCUAUGUUUGUCGGCCAUCGGGGUCAUAUCCUCCAUCACUCCAGCUUUCCUGAUCGCCUUGGUUCCCCUGGCUGUGGCCUUCUACUUCAUCCAGAAGUACUUCCGGGUGGCCUCUAAGGACCUCCAGGACCUCGAUGACUCCACACAGCUUCCUCUGCUCUGCCACUUCUCCGAGACCGCUGAAGGUCUAACCACGAUAAGAGCAUUCAGACACGAGGCUCGUUUUAAACAGCGAAUGCUGGAGCUGACCGACACCAAUAACACGGCCUACCUGUUUCUGUCUGCUGCCAACCGCUGGCUGGAGGUCCGAACGGACUACCUCGGGGCCGUGAUAGUGCUGACAGCAGCCGGAGCCGCCAUAUGGAGUUUAAAAUACGGCCUGUAUUCUGGAGGCCUGGUGGGCCUCGGACUCACCUACGCCCUCACUGUCACCAACUACCUGAACUGGGUUGUGAGGAACCUGGCAGACCUGGAGGUCCAGAUGGCAGCGGUGAAGAAGGUCAACAGCUUCCUCGGCACAGAGUCGGAGAACUAUGAGGGGUCCAUGGAUGCCUCUCAGGUGCCUGAGAACUGGCCUCAGAGCGGCGAGAUAAAGAUCCAGGAGCUGUGCGUGCGCUACGAUCCCAUGCUCAAACCAGUGCUCAAACACGUCAACAUGUUCAUCGAACCAGGCCAGAAGGUGGGAAUCUGCGGUCGCACUGGCAGCGGGAAGUCUUCUCUGUCCUUGGCCUUUUUCAACAUGGUGGAUAUUUUCGAAGGUAAGAUCGUCAUCGAUGGGAUCGACAUCUGUAAGCUUCCUCUGCAGACACUCAGGUCGCGGCUCUCCAUCAUCCUCCAGGAUCCCGUGUUGUUUAGUGGAUCCAUAAGGUUUAACCUGGAUCCAGAGAAGACGUGCACUGAUGACCGGCUCUGGGAGGCACUAGAGAUCGCUCAGUUGAAGAACAUGGUGAAAGCGCUGCCCGGAGGACUAGAUGCGGUUGUGACCGAAGGCGGAGAGAACUUCAGCGUCGGUCAGAGGCAGCUCUUCUGUCUGGCCCGGGCUUUUGUCAGAAAGAGCAGCAUCCUCAUCAUGGACGAAGCCACAGCAUCGAUAGACAUGGCCACGGAGAACAUCUUACAGAAAGUUGUGAUGACUGCAUUUGCAGACCGAACAGUCGUUACAAUCGCACACCGCGUCCACACCAUCCUAACCGCCGAUCUGGUCAUCGUGAUGAAGAGAGGAAACAUUUUGGAGUACGACAAACCCGAGACUCUUUUGGAGCAGGAGGACGGGAUGUUUGCUUCUUUCGUCAGGGCUGACAUGUAGACACGAGAAGUCAGUCAGCCGGCGCCCGUCAGCUGACAGGCCGAUCAGCUGGUUGGAUCUGCUUCUUCUAGUUGUUUUCUUAACGAGGCGGACAGAGCUCUGUGACACUACAACCCUCCAGUGAAGCCAAUAACGUGUGUCUUUAACGAGCAACUUCUCCAUGUAUUUACCAGAAAAACACCAUCCAGAAACACUAGUGAUCACCGGAUGACAUACUUAUUUGAGAAACUGUACUUGAAUCAUUCAGUCACUCAGCCAUUUAAAAUACUUAUCUUUUUAGUAAUCUUUUUUU